UUUUUUUUUUUAGCUCUAAUGAAAAUCUGAAUUGGUAACAAAACUUCUGUUCAUGAUAAAGCGCGGUUUUAUGGGUUUUAGUCCGACUACGCUUUUUAUAAACCCGGUUUAUGCUAAUGAACAGAUGUUAGCCGAAAAAGGUACCCUUGCCGUGGGAAGAGCCUUACGCAUUUCAUGAGAAUAUAUACCCCUUGGUAUUCUUGAUAAGAAAAGUUUCAGACACGGUCAAGGAAACGAGGUGUCUUGCUCAUGUUUGAAACAUGUGUAUUAUGAAAGUAAACUGAUAAAUGUGACCCACAAAGCGAAAACUGCCUCGAAAUGACUUUUCCCGCGCCGAGGGGUGAGUUUUUGUUGGUGAUGGUGCUUUUUCCGGCACAACAGCAUCCAAGCAGCGGCGCGAUCAGGUCACGUGACGAGAGCGCGUGGCGCGUCAUUGGAAAGGGACGAUGAUGGCGGCGCUCGGUGCACCAGAAGUGAUCACACAACUGGAAAAUGCUGCUAAAGUUUUAAUGGCACCGCCGUCCAUGGUCAGCACAGAACAGAGACAGCAUGCUGAACACGUGUUCCUCUCCUUCAGAAAGUGCAAAUCCCCGUUUGCCAUCUGCAAACACAUCCUUGAGACCAGUAAGGUGGACUAUGUGCUGUUCCAGGCAGCCACAGCCAUCAUGGAGGCUGUGGUGCGGGAGUGGAUUCUUCUGGAGAAAACCAGCAUCGAGUCUCUCCGUGCAUUCCUCCUCAACUACGUCUUGCAUAGACCCAACCUGCAGAAGUACGUCCGUGAACAGAUCCUGCUGGCCGUGGCCGUCAUUGUGAAGAGAGGCUCUCUGGAUGAAAGCAUCAACUGUAAAAGCAUCUUCCAUGAGGUGGGACAGCUCAUCAGCAGCGGGAACCCCACAGUGCAAACCUUAGCCUGCUCCAUCCUGACAGCUCUGCUCAGUGAGUUCUCUAGCUCCAGUAAGACCAGCAGCAUCGGCCUCAGCAUGGAGUUUCAUGGCAACUGCAAGCGUCUGUUUCAGGAGGACGGCCUGCAUCAGAUCUUCAUGUUGACCAUGGAGGUCCUGCAGGAGUUCAGUCGCAGAGAAAACCUCAAUGCUCAGAUGUCCUGUGUCUUUCAGCGCUACCUGGCCCUGGCCAACCAGGUCCUCAGCUGGAACUUCCUGCCCCCAAAUUUGGGGCGCCACUACAUCGCCAUGUUCGAGGCCACGCAGAACGUCAUGCUGAAGCCGACUGAGUCCUGGAGGGAAGCGUUGCUGGACACCCGCGUCAUGGAUCUCUUCUUCUCUAUACACCGGAAGAUUCGGGAGGACUCAGACAUGGCCCAGGACUCCCUUCAGUGCCUGGCCCAGCUGGCUUCCAUGCAUGGGCCCAUCUUCCCAGACGAAAGUGCCCAGAUCUCCUACCUGGCCCACAUGGUGGAAGGGCUGCUCAGCAUGAUUAACGGGAUUGAGAUUGAAGACUCAGAAGCUGUGGGCAUUUCCAAUAUAAUCUCAAAUCUGAUCACUAUGUUUCCACGGAGCAUUUUAACAGCACUGCCCAGCGACCUCUUCACCUCCUUCAUCAACUGCCUCACACUGCUCACCUGCUCAUUUGGACGCAGCGCUGCCCUGGAGGAAGUGCUGGAUAAGGACGAUAUGGUUUACAUGGAGGCCUACGACAAGCUGCUGGAGUCGUGGCUCACUCUUGUUCAGGACGAAGAACAUUUUCCACGCAGCUGCUUCGUCCAGCCGGCCAUCCAGGUCUUUAACUCGUACAUCCAGUGUCACCUGGCUGCUCCCGACGGCACUCGCAAUCUGUCAGUGAAUGACAUUUCCUCCCACGAUGAGGAGGAGAUCAAUGAGCUGCAGGAGGACGACAGAGAACUGUUCUCAGAUCAGCUGUCCAGUAUCGGCAUGUUGGGGCGUGUGGCUGCAGAUCACUGUAUCCCUCUGCUCACAAGCCUGCUGGAGGACCGCGUCAACAGACUACACGGUCAGCUCCAGAGGACCCAGCAGCACCUAAUGGCCUCAUCUGACCUGGGAUCAGUGGAUCGCAAAGUCCUAGACGACCUUUAUGAAGAUAUCCACUGGCUCAUACUGGUCUCAGGCUAUCUGCUGGCAUACGACCCUCAGGGUGAGACCCCUCUGGUCCCCUCUGAGGUGAUGGAGUUCUCCAUUAAACACGCCACAGAGGUGGACAUCAACACAACGCUACAGAUCCUCGGCUCACCGGGGGAGAAGGCCUCCUCCAUACCGGGCUGCAACCGCACAGACUCGGUCAUCAGGCUGCUGUCUGCAGUGUUGAGGACAUCGGAGGUCGAGUCCAGGGCAACCAGAGCAAGCCUGACGGAGCUUCUGAGUCCGCAGAUGGGAAAGGACAUCGUGUGGUUCCUCAGACGAUGGGCCAAGACGUACCUGCUGUUGGAUGAGAAGCUCUACGAGCAGAUCAGCAUGCCCUUAAGCACAGCAUUUGGUGCUGACACAGAGGGCGCCCAGUGGAUUGUGGGAUAUCUGCUGGAGAAGGUGAUCAACAACCUGUCGGUGUGGAGCUCGGAGACGGCGCUGACUAACGACACGGUGGAACUGUUGGUGACGCUGGUGGAGAAGAGGGAGAGAGCCAACAUCGUGGUGCAGUGUGAGAGCUGGUGGAACCUGGCGAAGCAGUUCGCCAGCCGCAGCCCGCCCCUCCACCUGCUGUCCAGCUCCGUGCAGAGGUCCCUGAUGAAAGCUCUGGUGCUGGGGGGCUUCGCCAACAUGGACUCUGACACCAAGCAGCAAUACUGGGCAGAGGUGCUUCACCCGCUCCAGCAGCGUUUUCUCAACCUCAUCAACCAGGAGAACUUUGCUCAGAUCAGCCAGGAAGAAGCUGUCAAACAGGAAAUUGUCGCGACGUUGGAGGCACUGUGCGGCAUCGCCGAGGCCACGCAGAUAGACAACGUGGCGUCUCUCUUCUCUUUCCUCAUGGACUUCCUGUCCAGCUGCAUCGGCCUGAUGGAGGUUUACAGCAACACACCACAGACGAUCAACCUCAUCAUUGAGGUUUUUGUGGAAGUGGCUCACAAGCAGAUCUGCUACCUGGGAGAGACCAGGUCCAUGAAGCUGUAUGAAGCGUGUCUGACCCUGCUGCAGGUCUACUCCAAAAACAACCAGGGCAGGAAGCGGAGCGACGCCACGGCCGAGGAGGACCAGUACCAGGACCUGCUGCUCAUCAUGGAGCUGCUCACUAACCUGCUGUCCAAAGAGUUCAUAGACUUCAGUGACAACGACGAGGUGUUUAGAAAUCAGGAACAGGGAGCGCCAGCGUCAAAUCGGACCGUCUCUGCAGCCGAUGUUGUUCUUUAUGGAGUCAACAUCGUUCUUCCCCUCAUGUCUCAGGACCUGCUGAAGUUCCCCUCCCUGUGUAACCAGUACUACAAGCUCAUCACCUUCAUCUGUGAGAUCUUCCCUGAGAAGAUCCCACAGCUGCCAGAAGACCUUUUUAAGAGCCUCAUGUUCUCACUGGAGCUAGGAAUGACCUCAAUGAGUUCAGAGAUCAGCCAGCUGUGUUUGGAGGCGCUGUCUCCUCUGGCUGAGCAGUGUGCCAAAAACCAGGAGAAGGACUCCCCCCUCUUCAUCGCCACCCGCCACUUCCUCAAGUUGGUGUUUGACAUGCUGGUCCUGCAGAAACACAACACGGAGAUGACGGUGGCAGCAGGAGAAGCCCUCUACACACUCGUGUGCCUUCAUCAGGCGGAGUACUCUGGGCUGGUGGAAACGUUGUUAUCUUCUCAAAGGGACGCCAUCAUCCACCAGCGGCUUGCUGAUGCCUUCAGCAAGCUAACGGACAGCAGCACGCCGCCCACCAUGGACCGGAAGCAGAAGCUAGCCUUCCUUAAGAGCCUAGAGGAGUUUGUGGCCAACGUGGGCGGCCUUCUCUGUAUGAAAUAAGGACCGGACUCAGAACUGGACUGAACUUUUGCCUGAUUCCACCCGGGGUUUUGUUCGUUUUUGUUUCCAGACCCCUCCUUUUACACCUGAUCAUGACAGUUUUAAUAAAGAUGUAGUGGUAAUUUGACAUGAACACAGCGGCCUUUUAUUUAUUUUUGACAGUGUUGUGAAACACACACACACACACACCCCUGUCCUUCCCAGAGUGCCUUUGUUUAGCUGAUUGUUGUGUUUGGUUGCGUAUGAAUAAAUCGUGUCAUACAGCAAUCGAAGAACAAACAACAUUGUGCCUGCCGUUCACCAGGACUUCUGCAGAUGCACACUAAAUGCAUGCACAAGGAGUUGCCAUGACAACAGAUGUGUCUGGCUCUCUCUGAGGUGUCCCAGCCGCACAGCACAGGGGGGGUGUUUGCUUGUUGAAAACCAAAAUUAGAUUGUUUCCCUAUAUGGUGUGUGUAUAUAAUAUGCAUAUAUACAGUGUUAAAAUUGUUGUUUCAGACAGAAACCUCCAGAAAUGUUUGUUUAGGGAUGACUCAGAAUGCCGGUAGAAGGCAAGUUCAACAAUUUACCAAUACAACUAAAGAGGGAGCAAUUUUGCUGUGUUGAGCUUUUCUUUUUUUUUUUUUUCUUUUUUUUUUAUGUUUUUUUUUUUUUCGUGUUUAACCCCACCUGCCUUCACUCAAAGGCCUGACACAAAUCUGGCCUGUGUUGGGCAGCAGGUGCAUUUCAGUAGUAUUUUUCUACAGGAGUACAUGGACAGAACAACCCUUCAACAAACACUGGAUAUAGCAGAGACUGUUUUAAGGACAGCAAUAACAAACCAAAUAAAAGGAGCAGAGCCACUUGUUGAAGCAUUAUGUUGGAGACGGACCUCCCUGUUAGAGCCCCAUCCCACUGGUUUUAGAUGGCUGUUUUGUUCUUGAAGUGUAAAAGUGUACAUAAAAAUUGUUGUAUAAAAUAUUAUCGACUCUGACAUUUCUUUA